AUGAUGAAUGUGGCGCACAUUUGUGACAUCGCAAACGAAAUCGUCUGGAUUCGUAACAACGACAAGUGGAUGCCGGGUCGGAUAUUUCUGUCCACACCCAAAUUGCGGCCCAAGGACAACUUUCUCUGCUGGAAUGUGGUUUACCAGGACAAAGCCGGCCACAGGUUGCGAAAGUACUUUGCGCCACUGCUGGGAGAGCUGAAGCCGGACACGGCCAGCGUCCGCCAACUAUUACAAGAGGCACAUUGGAUCUAA